GCUCCUUCACGUUCUUUAUGCUUAAUCAUCUGGGACUUUUUCUGGGAGACUUUUACUUGAGUGGGUCUUUUAUGGGUUUUCAGUGAAGAGGAAGAAGAAGAAGAAGAAGAAGAAGCAGAAGAGAGAGAGAGAAAAAAAGGUUGCUUUAUAAAGUUUCUCUAAUUCGCCAAAAAGUCCUUUCUUUUCUCUCUAUUUUUUCUUUUUCCUUCAAUCUUUUGACGUUCUUUCUGCUAUUUCUAUGGCUCUUCCCAUACCUCUUAUUCUUCACACUUUGCUGCAAUUUCUUUGAUACAUAAUGAACGGUUCAGAUAUGCCUCUAUCUAAAGAUCCAGCUUUCAAGCUCUUUGGUCGAAAGAUUCCGGUACCCAAUACCCAGAUUCCGGCCAAACCACCUUCCCAGAACAGCUGCAAUGAACUUAAAAAAGGGGGAACAGAUGGUCCCAAUGAUGACAACUCUGGAGAGCCGAAUAAGUCCAAUGCUUCAGGAACAGCUAAGGAAGAAAGCCAAACUCCUAUGCUAGUGGAUGAAACAAAAGGAACUUCCAAGUCAAAUGUAGACCAGGUAGAGAAUAAUAGUGUAGACCAAGAGAAAGUUUUCAAGAAGCCAGAUAAGAUCCUACCAUGUCCGAGAUGUAACAGUCUAGAUACAAAAUUUUGUUACUUCAACAACUACAAUGUCAACCAACCAAGGCAUUUCUGCAAGAAUUGCCAGAGAUAUUGGACGGCUGGUGGAACGAUGAGAAAUGUCCCCAUUGGUGCUGGUCGGCGGAAGAAUAAGCACUUAGCCUAUCAAUACCGUCAAAUAUUAGUAUCUUCUGAAGGGGUACCUAUUACCAGAAUGGAAAACUCGGACUCGGCCAAUCAUCAAGUUGUAUCAUCUGUUGAUUCUGCUAUCACUUUGAGUCCUUCAACAACAGGAAAUGGGAUGGUUCUAAAAUUUGGUCCAGAAGCACCGCUUUGUGAAUCCAUGGAGACAGUGCUUGAUCUUAGAGACCAACAAAAAUAUGCUGAGAUGAGUUCAGUCAAUUGUCAAGAUAAUACAGAGGAGCCAUCCUCAUGUGGAUCGUCCAUGACAGCCACCGGUUGCCAAGGCAAUGAAUUACCAGAAACUGUUAUGCAGAAGGAGCUGGUUGGCUUGCCAGGAUCUCGUAAUGACCUCGGUGUGUCAAAUCCUAUGCAUUGUUACCCAGUUACUCAAUGGGUAUUCCCCUGGAAUCCCAGUUGGAAUAAUGCAACUUCCACUGCAGCAGCUCAGCAUUCUGCUGGGCAACCUUGCAUACCAAAUAGCAAUAACUCCAGUCAAGUUCAAUGGUGCCCUACACCAAUACUGGCAGUCCCAGGCUUCGUUCCACCGAAUAUUCCUUUGCAAUUUGUACCAGCUUCUUAUUGGGGUUGCAUGCCUGUGUGGGCUGCUAGAACAGGAAACAAAUCUUUGAAUGGAUCUAAUGGUUGCUCUUCUCCAUCAUCCUCUACUAGCACCAGUUGCUGCUUUGGAAAUGGCUCACCAAACCUAGGCAAGCAUUCUAGAGACUCAAAUCUUAUGAAUGAAGAUAAAGCAGAAAAUUGUAUAUUGGUUCCGAAGACACUCAGAAUUGAUGACCCAAAUGAGGCUUCAAAGAGUCCUUUAUGGGCCACAUUAGGUCUUAAACUUUACGAGAAGAAUCCUGUACCAAAAGGUACCAUCUUCAAAACUUGUGAAAUCAAAGCCGAUGGAAAAGGUCAUGCAUCAGAAGCCACUCAUAUAUUAGAAGCAAACCCAGCAGCUCUUUCUCGCUCUCAUACAUUCCAAGAGAGCAGCUAGAGAGGCCCUGCUGAAAAUUUUCUCGAUGAGCUUCUCCUUUGCAGUCUUUUCCUGUGGAAAUGCAGAGACUUGUUUUCUGUGAAGAGAAUCUCCUCCUCUUCAGAAAUCGUGCUUUUAUGCUAAAUUCUGAUUAUUUGAAGUCUGAAAAAGCUCUUGGAAUGGUAAAAAUUUCAUUACAAUCAACAAUGCUGUCAAUGUCUCUUCAAAAGCGUGCACACUGUAAAUAUUGGAGGAUCUUCAGUGAGUGUUUUUCUGAUUUGCGGAUUGUGGUGGUUCCAAUGGUUUCAAUUCACACAUGCCUCCCUUCUGCUUUGAGUUGCCAGAAAAAUAAAGGGUUCUGCUAAAUGUUGUAUCUAUGAUUCAAAACCAUGUUCAGUUACAAAGCUAACCCAUGUUUUACAAUGAUCACCAAUUUUCAGAACUCGAUUGCUAUAUUCUAGUCAUAAUUAUUUAGAAGUAUUUUUUUUUCCCAUA